AUGGCAGCUGUAUUGAUACCUGUUGUACUUUUUGCAGGAAGCCCUAUUACAAGUGCAUACGUGGCUCUGCAGUUCUUUAAGUUGGAUGCCAUAGGAUACAAAAGGGGACAUUCUGUUUUAAUUGCAAAAAUAAUCAUUUCUGCACUAGGCUGCUUGAUGCUGGGAACUUUUAUUUAUGUGCUUAUCGUUGAUGGAUCUCCAUUCAAUGCCACUGUAUUAUCAAGGUGCAUGAUUGCAACAACAACCAAUGUCUAUUUCUGUAUUGUCACUGUAGUAGUGUGGAUUGCAUAUAAGGAAUCAAGGUGGAUAAGUGCUUUCUUUUGGAUACUUUCACUUUUAUGUUUUGGAGGGAGUUGUUUUACCUUUCACCUCAGCAACCACUUUCCGCCAUACUUUUCAACAGUAGUAACAAAGACUUGUUGUCAAGUAAUCCACUGUUGA